CACAUUAAAGGAUCGGUUUACCGAGGAUUGAUCGACGGUGAUUUUGCAGCCAUCAAGAAGGUUCAUGGAGAUGUCUCGAAGGAGAUACAGCUGUUAAACAAGGUCAACCACUCGAAUCUUAUCCGCCUUUUCGGAGUUUGUAUCAACGACGGCAACUGGUAUCUGGUCUACGAGUAUGCCGCCAAUGGUGCAUUGAGCGACUGGAUCUUUAACCAAGAUGACAGCAGAAAAUUCUUAAGCUCGAAACAUAGAAUUCAGAUUGCAUUAGAUGUAGCGACGGGGCUUAACUACCUGCAUAGCUUCACCAAUCCUCCUCAUAUCCACAAGGACUUAAAAACCAGUAAUGUUCUUCUUGAUAGUGAUUUCAGGGCUAAGAUCACGAACUUUGCUCUUGCAAGGUCGACCGAAGGACGAGACGGUGAGUUUGCCUUGACAAGGCACAUUGUUGGAACAAAGGGUUAUAUGGCUCCCGAGUAUUUGGAAAACGGUUUGGUCUCCACGAAGCUAGAUGUUUAUGCUUUUGGGGUUCUCUUGCUUGAAGUGAUAACCGGGAAAGAAGCUGCAGCGCUCUACGGCAACGAAUAUACAAACUUAUCAGAUGCCGUAAGCAAUGUGCUUGAUAAUGGAAAGGAGGGUUUGAAGCACUUGAUUGAACCCUCUAUGUUAGAGAAUUAUCCUUCAGAACUUGCCAUAGUGGUUGUCCAAUUGAUAAAUAGUUGCUUGAAGAAAAAUCCAACAGCUCGCCCUGCUAUGGACGAGAUUUCACAGUCCUUGUCGAGAAUUCUGGCUACUUUAUCGGCAGGGGAUUCAUCGAGCAACAUGUCGUGGUCUCAAACAUCUACCGGGAGCUAUUGAUGUAGCUUUUAUUUAUCAAACGUUUGUAUGUUUCACAGGCUUCUCUCCCCCAUCCCUUUGCUUUCUGUAAGAUAAUGAGUUUGAGUUGUUAAU